GGAAUAAGCAUCAACGAGGGAUCCCUUUUGGACAGCCCGAUCUCACUGUAGAAGUAACUAGAUGCUCUACGGAUUACGUUCUUCUGCUCCUUCAUGCGUUCUACCGCCAGUUUACAUGGUUCGAUGGACUUCCACGAUGAUAUUGCUGAAUAAGCAUGUUAAAUUUGCCACCGCCUGCCUCUUUCAACAUACUGCCCUUUCAAGGCUCGGAGUCGCUUUCCUGGACUCAUCCGAUGCAGACUGAUCAUUCAUCGUUCUUCAAGACCAUUUUCUUCCAUAUGCUCAGUGUCUGAGGUUGCCAACCACUUUGCGAGGCAAUAGGGCAUUAAUCGGGUCUAUAUCCUAGCCCAUCUUAGUUAUUUGAUUGACUGCAAACAAAGCAAGGGCCUCCGCUCAAAACGUGUCGACGAGCGAAAAGCUCCUGCUCCUACCUCGACUCCAUCCUUUCUACCCUCUUGUCGUCCAACCCCAAACCAAUCACCAUGACGGCGGACGUGAGCCAUGCAGCAUCACGCGUGCUCACCUCCAACAGCCCCCGCGACCCGAGCUAUGAUGAGUUCUCCUUCGUACCCUUCCUCCGCCAGAGCUAUGGCUUCGGCCUUGCCAGUGAUGUGCCCGUCUGCAAAGCCUACAGCGAAGGCCACUGCCCUCUUGGACCAGCCUGUCCCGAUCGCCACCCAACCCCAUCGCGUGUCACCACGUCGACCACCACCGCGUCGGGACUAGCACCAUCAACCACACAUGGAUCUCUAGUCUGUAAACAUUUCCUCAAGGGACUCUGCAAAAAGGGCCUCAAGUGCGAGUACCUUCAUGAAUACAACCUCCGUCGCAUGCCGGAAUGCCAGUCCUUCUCGCGGUCCGGCUAUUGUCCCAAUGGCGAUGACUGCCUGUAUCAGCACGUGCGGGAGCAGGCGCGUCUGCCCCCUUGUGAACACUACGACCGGGGAUUCUGCGAGCUGGGACCCCUGUGUGCCAAGCGGCAUGUUCGUCGGCGCUUGUGUCAAUACUACUUGGCUGGGUUCUGUCCGGACGGCAAGGCCUGCGUGGAUGCUCACCCCCGGUGGUCGGAGAACCUUCCCCGUCCGCAGAUCCGGGUCGAGAAGACCGAAGAAGAGCUGGAACGGGAACGGGCGUUAAUUCGGGAGGAACAGGAGAAGGAGAAAGAGCGUGAGAGGGAGUGGAGGAGUGAGCGUGGACGUGGACAGUAGAGAACGAAGAAGAAGAAGUUGAUGAUGAUAAAAGGAACAGGGUUAGUUGUAUUUGUUUUGCAGAUUUGUGUUUACAAAAUCGUCGAGAUACCCAGCUGAGAGGCAUGUUUACGCUUUAUUUUACACGGUUGAAUCUAUCAUGGUUGCAUCUUAGAUUUCUCUUUGUUAUGUAUCAGAGGAUACAUGGUAGGUAGAUAGAUGAAUGAAUGAAUGAAUGUAAUAAAAUGGAAGAAGAAGAAGCAGAGCUGGAGCUUCAAUUGUGUGAUUGGGUAUAUGGUGUCUGCUAUAGACAUCGGGGCAAUCUAAUAUGGCGCCGGGAACGGGGGUCGAUAGAGGGUCUAGCCAGACCGUGCACGGAUUGCCGCUACUCAACUGCCAACUAGAUAGCAGAUACUGUUUUAGAUAGCGUCAAUUGAGGGUCAGCAGCAACCCCUAGAAACAAAGAGAGACAGUCAUCCCAGGGCAGAAAUGUGAGAGACAUUGCGUUAGCCGAUAGUGAUAAGGUGCUAUCCCGAUGACAUCAUGACUAUCAGACCACAGAACAGACAGAUUCCUCUAGCAACUGGGUAAAUGAGAAAGUAGCUUGUCAAUAUUAUCGUCUAAUCCUCGGUAGGGAGCUCCAGUUCCCGAAAGGAGGAGGGAUCAAACCCGUGCUGCCAAAGGAGUCCCCAUAUCUG